GCCCGAUAUGCCCGGCCUCGUCCAUCUCGACCUUGGAGAGAAUUUCUUGCUCGAUUUGCCGCCCGUCGAAAGCCCCAGUCUGGAGAGGCUCUACCUUGGGGGCAAUGAGAUAGCAAGGCUCACAAUCGGGUGGUCGACGCCGAACCUGACGGCUCUCGUAGUGGAUAAUAAUCCCAUCACGGAAGUCGAGCACGGAUUCUUCGAGAACUUGAAGAAAUUAUGGCAAUUUUCAUGUAACAACUGCAACCUGGGCCCGACUCUGUUCAAUGGGACGUUGGAGUUCCACAGUGAAACCUUGCGAUAUGUGUCUCUUGGAGGUAACAACAUUUCAAGCUUGGAAUCUCAUGCCAUCACAGGUUUCACGGCAGAGACCAGAAUCGAGUUAUGGGGCAACGAAAUCAGAAACUUCACUAAGGAGUCCUUCCUACUCAUGUUGGAGAACCUCGCAGCUGGGGAAGGGUACAUCGACCUGUACGGACAUCUAACAUCCAUUCCCAGAAAAUCUCGGCUGGUCAAGCUCCACGUAUUAUGCAACUCCUCUUCGAGCUCAACAAAUCAGGCUGCGUGUGGAGACCUUAGGGACAUCCACGACGGUGGAGUGGGACCCUCCGAGAAGAAGACUCCCAGCAGACGCCGGCCCCCGGACACCAGGACCCCGCAGCGCUUCCGAAUCCAGAAGAAGAGCUGGGACCUCCAGUCCCCCAAACCCUCGUGGAUCCCCCUCCCGAUCGCCCUGCUCUGCCUCCUCGCCUUCCUGUCCUCUCACAGUCACCACAGCCCUCCAUUGUCAUCGAGACAGUGCCUCCCCGUGUUCCCGUACACCCGGUCGAGGAUCUGGCUGAUCCUCGUGGAACGCAGGUACAAGUCCGAGGCAGAGCUUGGGGUCCAACAGGAACAGUACUCCUCUGAGGAUCGGAGGUUUCCGACGGAUUCGCGAAUUCCCAUGGGGCACCCCCUGCGAUAUUUCCUCGCUGGAUCGUGCGCGAUUUUCGCCUUCGGUGCUCUUCUCAACGUCUACCGAGAUCGCCCCGCUCGUUCGAGUUCCGUGCGGCCGUUCCUGAACGUUCCGGACGCGUCGAUCGGACCGGAGACGGAAAUCUUUUGCGGCCGGCGAAGCAUCUCGCGCGGGCCGAAUCAGAAAGUCCUUUCUUACAGUCUCUUCGGGGUCGAAGGGGCGUCUCGGGCGGCGGGUCCGUACGAGACGCUGGUGUCCGGGAUCCUGGAUGGUGUCCGGAAAUGGUAUCCAGGCUGGGUGGUGAGGAUAUACACGAAUUAUUCGAGUGAGAACGAAGAAGUCGCUUCCUGGAUGAAGUCAUUGGAAGAGAAAUUCCCCAUCGUGGACUUCUGCCACGUGGAGAAUCUGCCCGGGAUCGUCGGGGACGUCCAGACGCGCCAGAGCAACGGGAGGGUGUGGCGAUACUUGCCCAUGAUGGAUCCGCUCGUCGACGCCUUCGCGUCCAGAGAUUCGGAUUCCCCGGUGUCCUCCGGCGAGGCCGCGGCCGUGAAGGAAUGGGUGGAGUCCGAGUACCUCCUCCACGCCAUGAAGGACCACCCCGCCCACCACGGUCCCGUCUUCGCGGGUCUUUGGGGCGCGAAGGUGUCGCAGAACCGAAGCUUCGUUCACUAUCUGGGAAGAAAAAUGGUGUUCGAGAGCAAAACCAGCGACGACGAAGGAUUGGAUCAGGAUCUGCUCCGUGACGUCUUGUGGGACGAAGCCCGGGAACACUUCUUGGUGCCCGCCAGCUUCACCUGCGAUGAAUUCGUCGGAGGGGAGACGAGGCCUUUCCCGACCCGUCGGGACGGGGGCUUCUGGCUCGGCUCGGGGACUAGAUACGCUCCGCUCGUGAAGGAGUGCCCGCUUAAAUGCAGGCCGAAGGUUCACCCCGACUGGGUCUAUUGCUGA